CACAAUAAAAAAAAAUUACACCUUUGUUUUUGCCGGUGUUAGACAAUGGUCAUGAUCUACAUUAACAAAGUUCCCGCAGCGGUUGCGAUAGCGCUGCUGUUUCUAGUGGUUGUGAUCGCUCCUCAGUGGACAAAGGCACAGCCACUGCCGCCAUUCCCGCCAAUGUCGCCACUGCCGCCACUCCCGCCAAUGUCGCCACUGCCGCCACUACCGCCAAUGUCGCCACUGCCACCAAUGCCGAAGGUGGAUCCAGUGUGCACGACAGCGAUCCUUGAUAUCGUCCAAAAUUGCUACUCAACGUUGAGUGCGGUACCAUCGGAAGAAUGUUGCAAUGGUCUCAAAUCGGCGAGCAAGACACAAGUGACUUGUCUAUGCGACAAUUUUAUCGCACAUCCUGUCUUCAGCAACUUGACCCGACCUUACUACGACCAAGUUAGUAACGCAUGUGGUGUUCUUGACAAAUACGCCUGCAAUGGUACAGGUGAAGAAGGAGGAGAUUCUAAAGGAGGAGAUCCGAAAGGAGGAGACGGUAACGCAGGAGCAAUCAACAAGAUUGCUGGAUCAAUGGGUCUAUUUGGAUUGAUUACAUGUCUGUUCUUCCUUUUGUUUUAAUUUAAUUCAGUUAAUACAACUUGGGACUGCCAAGCCGAAAAUUCGAAACUCAUACGUUUGUUUGAUUGCUUCUGUAACCAUGGUUUCCAAUAUGAUGUUCUUCGAGUCAGAAAAUUUAUAUUAUUUUAAAUAUUUUUGA